CAGAGCAGAAAACAACAACAGUCUCCAGGCAACGCCUGAAACAAAACAUCCUGUAGCAUGGCUGCAGCUUCGAACCCCUUCUCGUCUCUUCCCACAGAGAUAAAAGUGAUCAACAGGCUGAGCUCUGGUCUGUGCAGGGCAGGAAGGAGGGAUGAGCCGGGAACUGGACGUGUGGCCUCUCAGAAGCCCGUUGCCCUGGCUCCGUUUAGAGACGAUGUCCCCCUGCUGGACCCCUGCAGCGGCCAUCUGAGCGCAGGAGCCAGAGUGCAGCUUGGGAUCCGAAGCCGGACAGAGUUCAUAGAUCCGUUUUCACAGUGGCUCAGGAAAAGGCCUCAAACAACUGCCAGCCUUUCAGUCCCAGGUUCAGCCGAUCCCACUCAGCCACAGAGGACAGCAGCAACGCUCCCUGAAAAACACGCCGGGCGUCUGGCCUCCUCCUCUUCGUCGGCCCGCGGCUCGUGCAGCGAUGACUCAGCGGCGCUCCGACGCUACAUUUACACUUCUUCCACUCAGAGGAGCUAUGAGGAGGUGAACAGGGGGAUGAAGUUCCCCAGAUCCCUAAACGCAGCUGGAGCGACCCUGGAGCGCCGGGCCGACCCUGUGAGCGAGCGGACCUCAUCACGGCGCUACAGCAGCAGGCCUCAGCUGUGGCAGUCUGCAGGUGCUGAGUGGAACCGGCGACAGCUUCGACGCAGGAACGACGCCAGGAAACCCAUUUCAUUCUGCAGCAGAUAUGCAAGAUCAGGUCAAAUCCCUUCAUUUACCGGUACGAUUGGCUCAGAGAACAUGGACGACAUUGACAACAUGGAGGCAGAUUUCCAGCCUCUAACAGUGAAGCGGAGCGUCACACCGUCGUACACACUGACAGCGCAUCGGACCACAAUGCCAGGCUUCACAGGCAAAGGCGUCCAUGCUCCCCCUGCUGCUGAGGAGGCCUCCAUCUCUGGAGUGACCCGACGACGUGAGCGUGCGGCGCCGCUGUCCAGGAUGGUGACCUCUGUGACCCCGUGUAACCCCUACCUGAGCGCCCGGCUUCCUGCCUGGAGGGGCUUCAGCCCCGUGAAGAUGAGAAAGUUCUGAAGCAUCAUCUUCCUCUUUAUGCCGUCCAAUCAGAUUGUGUGAAUAGAACGUCAGAAACUGAUCCGGAGUCAGUGGGACAAUAAUGAGUUUCUCCAUUAUCAUAAUUUCCCUGAUUUAGAUGAGUGGUUUUCUAACUCUGGGUGCCGAGCGUUUGCAUUGUCCUCGUAUACAUUUGCUCUCUUACAGACGCACUCAGUCGUUAAGCGUGUGUGUGUGUGUGUGUGUGUGUGUGUGUGUGUGUGUGUGUGUGUGUGUGUGUGUGUGUGUGUGUGUGUGUGUGUGUGGUUCAUGAGUGGGGGGAUAAAUGGAUGGAUGUAAAUUGUUUCCAAUCCACCAUCUUUGUGUUUGAAGCAGCAGGUUUGGUGCUGCUGCUGCAGUUUGUGCUGUGAUCUUCUUCUUCUUCUUCUUCUGCUGCUGCUGCUGCUGCUGCUGCUGCAGCCGCCAGCAGUCACGUCAUUCAGAGGCAAACAUAUUGUGUAGAGAUUAUUAUGAAGUUCCUGCCAGCUAUAUCUUUAUGUCUGUGGUUUGAGCAGCUUCGCGCUUACACAGGAAAUAGGAAUGAGCUGGUUUUCCUGUUUCUCUUCAUCUAUAGUUUGUUUAGAUUUGCUCUUGGAGGGAUUUCCACACCAACACGCUGCUGAUUUGGUAACGACUUGGAGACUCAGCUCACAUUUACCACACUAUUUGUUUUGGGGAUGGGAGUAAAACGGGGUAGUUUCAUACUGAGGAGCUUUAAGCUUCUUGCUCUUGAUUCUCGAUUAUGGUUGCGAAUUCGGAGCGGUUCACACUUUAGCCACAAUACAGCCUGUUGGCAUCGUUCAUUAAACCUCACUGGUGUCACCGAGCUGCAGCUGAGCCUGAUCCGACAGGCUGCGCUGGCAGCGCUCCGCCAACAUUCAGCCAUUCAUACUUUUUCAUUCCCAGGAAACGUUUCCACUUUCUGUCACUUUUACAACCACAACCUGAGCCGCAGCGGGAUUUUAUGCCACAAACCAGGACAAAGUGGAAGGAAACUACAAUAUAAUCAAAGUAUUUGUGUUCAGUGAAGCUACAGAUUGGAUGGAGAGCAUCUGAGGAAGAGGCUUGGACUUUGAUUAGGCCCUUCUGAAAAAUGAACCUGCUUCCAGGAGAUUGUCUUCCAGGACAGUCUUGUGUAUAAAUCCAUCUGAAUUCUCAUCUGCUGGAGAGAAGCGUCCACACAGCAUGAUGCUGCCUCCACCUUGUUUCAUAAACGAUGUUUUCCGUGUGGAUUCCUGUCAUUCCGACAUGGCGUCCAUCUUUAAGGAUCUCCGCAGGUGGUUUGGGACCACAAUCAUCUAUCUUACCAGUCCAAACAUUAAAUAUACUUUAAUAUGGAUUAAUACGCACAGAGGAAACUGUCUUAGCAGAAGCAGAGCUGCAGCUGGUGAUUAUUUUAGUAAUCGAUUGAGCUAUUGAUUAUUCUGAUGAUUAAUCGGAUACAGAAAUUGACACAAUCUGCUGAUUUCUUAUUUAACCACUAAAGCUUUUUCUAUAAAAUAUUGUAAAUACAUUUUUAAAAAAUGAAAAUAAUUUUUUUAAAAUACUAAAAUAAAACAUUUUAAUCCUUAAAAUGCAGUGACAGAGAACUGAGCAAAUAUAAAAAAAAUACCAGUUGAUGAAUUCUGGGUAAAACAUAUUUACAGACAAAGAGGGUUUCUUACCAUAAAUGCAACAAAUAUAUGCAUGUGAAUAUAAAACUCCUCCACACCUUCAUGUCCAUGACGCUGUUAGUUCUACAAAAGUCUAGAAACAUUAUACUGUCUGACAGACAGGCUGUUGUUUUACACAAAAGGAGAAAUUAAUCUCAACUCUGAUCAAAUCUGUCCUCAAACAAACUGCUGAAUCAGCGAUUUUCAAGACAAAAUCAGCUUUCUAGGUCAAAUAAGCUUCUGAAUCAGUAAAGACCUCCUUACAACAUCACACUGAUCAAAGAGCAUCACUGACAAAACAUUUCAACUUAAAAUGAUGGUUUAAAAAUCUAAAAUGAAAGUACCACCUCUUUGGCAUAUUAGAGAGUAAUAAAAAUCAUCCUGGGUUUUAUAAUUAUUUAAAUUAAACCUCAUGCGUGAGAAAAUAGAUUUCACACGUCGCAUCAGAGCACACACACCUCGGGCGGUGGAGGGGUGAAGCACGGCGGUGGAGGAGUGAUGAUCUGGGCUCGUUGAUGGAACCGUGAGCUCCACUGAAUGCUGGACCUUCUGGAGUCGAUGUGAAGCAGCGGCUGCAGACAAGAGCAGCAGAGAUCGAGUCCAGACCAGGAAACAAGUUGACACACAGACUUUAACAUCCAUUUUACCCUCGUUUAGCUGAAUAAAACCUGUUAAAGGCUGUAAAUGUUACAUAAUCCUUUUGAAAACAUGACUGCUUAAAACUUUUAAUAAAUAUCUAUUAU